CACUUCCGCACAUGUGACCCCCUGUCAUGGAGUCCCGCACGCGUCUGUCUGCGUCGUAAAGUCACUGUUUUCUUCAAUUGUUUUUUUAAUAAUGUGGUUUUUACGAUAUAUAGGACGUUCUAUUCCUCGCCGCCAUGUUCGUUUGUGCCACCAGAGUGUUUACAGAAGUCAUGAAAACGUACGACGUGUGGGAGUGGACCUUGGAGAGAAAAAGCUCGAGAUCUCCUCUGGGAGGUUGGCAAAGUUUGCUGAUGGAGCUGCUGUAGUUCAGCUGGGCGACACCUCCGUGAUGGUGACGGCUGUCAGCAAAACCAAACCAUCUCCAUCUCAGUUUAUGCCUCUUGUGGUGGACUACAGACAAAAAGCGGCGGCAGCCGGCCGAAUCCCGACUAACUAUUUAAGGCGAGAGCUGGGCACCACUGACCAUGAGAUUCUCACCAGCAGACUCAUAGACAGGUCCAUUCGGCCUCUUUUCCCUCCCGGUUACUUUUAUGACACUCAGAUCCUGUGUAACUUGCUCGCGGUGGACGGUGUCAACGAUCCAGAUGUACUCGCCAUCAACGCAGCCUCGGCUGCUCUGGCUCUUUCUGACAUCCCUUGGAAUGGACCCAUUGGUGCCGUUCGUAUGGGAAUGGUUGAUGGCGAGUUACUGGUCAACCCCACCAGGACAGAAAUGGCCUCCAGUACUCUUAACAUGAUUGUAGCUGGAGCCCCUAGCAGUCAAGUGGUGAUGAUAGAAGCGUCGGCGGAGAACAUGCUGCAGCAGGACUUCGCCCACGCGGUGAAAAUAGGAGUCAAACACUCCCAGCAGAUCAUCCUGGCCAUCCAGCAGCUGGCGCGCGAGCUCAAAGUGACCAAGCGCACGCCUGUUAAAGUGUUCUCAGCCCCGGCGGACAUGGUGGCCCACAUUCGACAAUCAACUUCUGAGAAGAUUUAUGCUGUUUUCACUGAUCACACUCAUGAUAAGAUUUCAAGAGAUGAAGCCAUCAACAAGGUUCGACUAGAAAGUGAAGAGGAACUAAAAGACAAAUUCCCUCAAGCUGAACCUUUUGAGGUCAUCGAGUCCUUCAACACCGUGAGCAAAGAGAUCUUUAGGAACUUGGUGCUGAACGAGUACAGGAGAUGUGAUGGGAGGGAGCUCAGUGCCUUGAGGAACAUCUCCUGUGACGUCGACCUCUUUAAACCGCUUCACGGUUCAGCUUUGUUCCAGCGGGGGCAAACCCAGGUUCUGUGCAGCGUCACGUUUGAUUCGCUGGAAUCCAGCGUUAAGACAGACAUCAUCACCACAGCAUUAAGUGGCAUCAAGGACAAGAACUUCAUGCUUCAUUAUGAAUUUCCACCCUAUGCAACCAAUGAGAUCGGAAAGAUGGGAGGUCUAAACCGCAGAGAGCUCGGACACGGCGCCCUGGCUGAGAAAGCGCUGAGGCCCGUCAUCCCCAAAGACUUCCCUUUUACCAUCAGGGUCACUGCCGAGGUCCUGGAGUCAAACGGGUCUUCAUCCAUGGCUUCGGCAUGCGGAGGCAGCCUCGCUCUCAUGGACGCAGGCGUGCCCAUCACUUCUGCUGUGGCUGGUGUCGCCGUGGGCCUCAUCUCCAAGUCCAACCCAGAGAAACCUACAGAGAUUCUCGACUACAGACUGCUCACCGACAUUCUGGGAAUAGAAGACUACCUUGGAGACAUGGACUUCAAGCUGGCAGGAACAAACAAAGGCAUCACUGCUUUACAAGCUGACGUGAAGAUUCCAGGUUUGCCUCUCAGGGUGGUCAUGGAGGCCAUCCAGCAGGGCACAGUGGCAAAGCGAGAAAUCCUGGGCAUCAUGAACAAAUGUAUACCAAAGCCGAGGGCAGCCAGGAAGGAGAACGGGCCAGUCGUCGAGAACGUGCACGUUCCUGUGUCCAGACGGGCUCGCUUUGUGGGCCCAGGAGGGUACAACCUUCGCAGAUUACAAGCUCAAACAGGUGUGACAAUAAGUCAGGUGGACGAGGAGACUUUCUCCGUGUUUGCACCCACGCCGGGAGCCCUCAGCGAGGCGCAGGACUUCAUCAGUGAGAUCUGUAGAGAUGAUCAAGAGCAGCAACUAGAAUUUGGUGCUAUUUACACUGCCACCAUCACUGAAGUAAGGGACAUUGGCGUCAUGGUGAAGCUCUAUCCCAACAUGAGCGCCGUGCUUCUGCACAACUCCCAGCUGGACCACAAACGGAUCAAACAUCCAAGUGCUCUGGGUUUAGACGUGGGGCAGCAGAUUCAGGUCAAGUAUUUUGGACGGGACCCCACAGACGGCAGAAUGAGACUGUCUCGGAAAGUCCUCCAGUCUCCUGCAGCCACGGUGGUGAAGACGCUGAGCGAGAAGCAGAGCAUUUCCAUGGGAUCCAACGCAAACAACACAACAGAUUCAUUAGCUGAUCUCAAGUGAAUGACACUAAAUGCCAACCAUCUGGUGGACGUGGAUGUGGCACUUGAAGGCAGUCCAGCCUGGAUGCGGAGCACGAGUUAUAAACUUGCUCUGUUUUGCAUUUACUGUGACAAAGUGACUUUCGAGCUGCAAGGAAUUAUGUGACAGACAAAGGCAGAGUAUGAAAGGUGUAAAAUAUUGUUUUUAAAUAUCAGUGGUCCACUUGGGUGGGAUAUGUCAUUACCUUUCACAAUACAGCAGUGACCAGUAGUCCUGUAUCUACAGUAUGUAUCUAGCUAUCAAUCUGAGUCAGUCAUUAUGUAAAUAAACUUUUUGGAUUGUGCUUUACUGUGACUGUGUCCUAAUUGUCGGGGUAAUUGGAAAAACCCACACAUGUGACCAUCUUUAUAUUUUCAAUUUACAUUUUAUGUCAUUUUGGGAACAUUCAUUACCACAAAGCAAUGAGUUUUAUCCAGAAAUCUGCCUUUCCAA